GGGAACUCUUGAUUUGCAUCGCCCGUUCACAGGAGCUGUUGGAGGCAUAGAUUCUUUGCGUCAAUCGCUAAUUCAGUCCAAUGUCCUUUCUCAAUCUCGAGGACAUCUCGUAUCUGUCGCUGGCCGGGUUCACGCUGAAUGUUGAGGAAAGGUCAGCACUUCGGUCGUCCCUCCAAGUGAAGAAGGACCAGGAAAAGCUGGAUGAAAUAUGGCUGUGGGGAAAGGUUUUGGGGGUGCAGAGGGAUUAUUUAAUUGCGCAGGCCGUGGGCGAUAAUCCGUUUGCCAGGAAGUUCUUCUACAGUAUUGAUCUAGUCAACUGGUUGUUGCUUCCGGAGGUGGCGCCCGCGGAUGUUGAUAAGGUCAAUCAGAUUGAAGGACGAUUUUCUGGCGACCCGGCUUUCGAGUAUGCUAUUGCGGACAAAAGUCUACCGGAUGGGGAGCAGGAGGCAACUGUGAAUGAAGAGAAGCGUUUAGCGGCUACGGUGGCCUUGAUUAACUACGAGACCGAGGUGGUGCCGCGUGGAAGUUACUACCGUGACAACCUGCACAAACUACGAAAGAACCCCGCUUUCGAUGGCAUUCCAAGAUCUGAGCUCGGGCAGCUUACCAACUACCUUCACUUUCGGGAGGGGUUCAACAUCAACAGAAAGACACUACUCGAGCGAGCGGGCGCUUUUGACGAGAGCAUUGAUAUCUUCGAGAGUAUUUCCGGGGACAGUCCGAAAGGUGUCUGGUCAUGCCAAACCGAGCGAAUGGGGUCCGUUGUUAUCCUGCGGAAUCUGCUGUGGCCGGGCUAUACAUUCUUUCAUAGCUCCAGUCCGUCUCGCUGGGGAUCAAUGUACUUUGGAACGGGGCAAAAGAACUUGAACGUUGGGUUCAUGUUGUAAAGCGCAAUAGAUCAUUCACAUUCAUUCAGUCACAAU